AUGAACGACAAUCUUUGCAUGUUUCUCAAUCAAGAUUGGUCCGAAACGUCCUCAGAUGCGAUACGCGUGCAGUCGACUUCUUGCAGACGAAGCACAUCAUCAAGCUCUUUACCGCCGGAAAUCACAAAAUACCCUCAUGUAUGGCCAACAAGCAUCCGCGACGAUGAUGGGACGAAGCUGAUUCUGGGAACCAAGACAUUCAACGCGUUGAUUACAUCCAGCUUACGCUUGAAUAAAUCCAGUGAUCCUGAAAUCGGGCCAACAACUUCAUUGUUCUGUUUGGAAACGUCUGUUAAGUCCCUCAAUAACCAGCUCUUCGUCAAGGAAUCUGCGUGGCAUGCUGCUUCAGCAUUGGCGAUCAACGAAAACACCAAAGCAAUAUACCCAUAUGACGGUCUCUUUCAAUUACGACAGCUACGAACGCGUUUUCACCAUCAAUCAACAUAUAUCCGAUGCCGCUCGUUCAAUGAACCGACGGAUGAUCUAACGACGCGUCCCUAUACUGUUUUCACUCUUGCGGAUUGGGACAACGGUGGAGAUGACGCAGAAUAUCGACUAGGCUCCCAAUUGAUUCAGUCAGUGGCGUUGGCUGUGAUCAGGAGCGAAGAGACGAGGCCUCCAACACUUGCAAAACAAAAAGUUUCGGCGAUGCGAUCUAAGUUGAAGAAAAAUGGGGCAGUAUGCAAAGUUUUUGACAACAUCAUCGGCCAAUAGGCUACAACUGGGUGCUAGGCCCUGAAGACUUCGGUCAAGGCGGGUGACCUCCAUCGCGGUCCCACCUCUAUGGAUUUGAUAAAAGCUCUAUUAUUCGCGGUAAUCCCUAUGACAAGUUCUGCAUAGUUCUCCCUAGUGACUGGGUGUUUAUAGUUAUAUCAUCGGUGUGCCAUAAUCCCUUGUAUCCACUACAUUAUGAUAUUUGUAACGUUAUUGACAGUUAUUUAUAAUUGUACACUU